AUUGCACCGUCCACUGCUCCAGGUUCCCAUCACCAUCGUCUCCGUCGUCUUUCCCCCACUACGCAAGCAGUGCCGCCUCAUUGGUUUGUCGACUUUGCAACCAGGAGUGUAAUGGUAACCAAACAAAGGAGGUCUUGAUCAAUUGUCCGUAGCGGCGAGGAAGGUAAGUGAAUUUUCGCCCACGUUUAUUGCCGGUGGAGAUGUUAUAUAUGACCAGGGGAAGGCGGGAUGCUCUUCGAUUUUUGAUAGGCUCCGGAUGGAAAAGGAAGCACCGAGGAUGCCUCAGGUGAAUCGGUGGAUCGCGGAGCAGAUCGGAGGAAGGAAAAUAUCGAGAAGGGGAAACUCCAUAUGGACCGGACAACUUGUUAAAAUUGGGAUACAAUGAUUUUGGAGCUUUCUUUUAUGCUCACUCAUGGUGAACGUUGCUUUGGCAUGGGGUAUUCAUGCAUGGGAUAUGGGACGUGUAAGGGAGCAUGGAAUGGAUGGAGCAUACGUGGAGGUUAUUGAGAUGGGUGAGGGAGUUCAGCUUGUUGUUGAUAAAGAGGAACAAGAGUCAGCAUCCGCCAUUGUUAAAGGGAUCUCAGGGAGCAGAAUUCAGGAUAUAAUGGUGGCGGCUAUUGAUAGCUGAUAGCGAUUAACUAACGUGGAUUUGGAAUAGUAAGCUAGGUGAGUGUAAAGGGGUAAAUUCUACGCCUUACGGCAUUUGAGUUUUUUAGAUUGAUUGCUAUGUGCCAUACUUGCUUUGUGUGUUUCUAUGAUGCCAUGUGAUUUUGUGUGAAUAUGCUUUUAGUUGUUGUUAUUGCAUGCUUUACUUACAAGUAAGUUCAAGUUUAAGAAACAAGUACUUUUUAAGAAGUAACUCACCUAGAAGGUCAAGUCAUUUUAAGUGUUUUUAGUCACUAGCGCCAGUCCGUAGCCAGUUGAGAUUUUCAGAUAAAGCAGCAGUAUGCUCUUAAGACCUUUGAGAUAGAGCAACAGUUAUGCUCUUGAGAUAUUUUAAGAUGAGCAGCAGUUAUGCUCUUGAGAAUCGUGGAAGAAGAGCCUUCCACGAUAAGUUUAAGUUUUCAGAAAGCCUGGAUGGCUUCUCAUACAUAUGAGUUGGCAACCGGACUAGCUAGAGUGGAAGUACAAACAACUCCCACCAGUUUAAGUUAAGUAUCUGAAGUAAAAUACUAAAGUACUAGAUUUUUAAAAUGUAAGGGCGUAGACUGACUCCAACUCACUCACCAGUUUGAAGAGGAAGGAGCUAGAGGAGCAGUUAGAGAGCAGCGAGAUCGAGAGAAACAGUUCGAGGGAAGCUAGCUAGAGGAGGAUGGUACGAGCGUCACAGAGGAUGUCUAGUUAGAGUUUCACACAAGCAGCAGCACUUGAGACUAGUUAGUUAUUAUGUUUUAUGAUUAUGAGUAUAGACUGGAGAUCAGAUUGAGAUUUUAAUAUGUGAGUUUAAUUUGCCCACGUGUUAGGGCUUUGCUUUGAACUAAAAGAGUGUGUUUUCAGUAUCUUAUUUAUGAAAUUUUUCCCGCUACAAUUUCACAUUUUGGUAUUUUAUUUUCAAGGGAAAUUUUAGUAAAAUUAAUUCCUGGCCGGGUUAGGGUGUUACAGUCUGGGAAUCAUUGCGUUAAGCGCAAGAAGUUCCAUGGCACAAACUUAUUUGGUGCAAGGCCUGUGAUCCAGGUUAUAAUCUGCUGGCGUGGAUCUUGAACAAGAAUGUUAUUGUCACGAGGGAUAAGUUGCAGAAAUGGGGCAAACUUGUGGAUGCUUUUUGUCCAUUAUGUGGUGUGGCAACUGAAACUAGAGAUCAUUUUUUCUUCAUGUUCGUUUACUUGCAGAUUAGCAGAUAUAAUGAAUUGUCAACUACUUGCGCAUCGAAACUAGGAUUCCAUGUUGCAGGCUGCUAUUGCUGCUAGCAGGAAUGUUCGAACAGCUCAGGUGCAUGCUUUACUCUGGUGUAUGAUUAUUUCAUUCGUGUGGAAGGAAAGAUGUGGGGUUGUUCACGGAUCAGUCUGUAGGGCACCGGAGAAAGUUGUUGAAAUGUUACUGGCGGACCUGCAGUAUAUAGCUAUUGGAAACAAAGCAAUACAGGCAGCACUAGUAGAGUUACAUUUUCUUUAGUGAAUAGUACCCACUAGUUCUUGUUGUAUGUAAUCACAGAUGGGUAGAGGGUAGAGGCAAGUUGGCUCUUCUAAGAUCUGUUUGAUCCUGCUUCGUUGUAUCGGAUUCUCAUUGAGCAAUACAAGAAACUGAUUCAACGGAAAAAAAGGUUUGUCAAUCAGGUCGGGUUGGGAAUCUCAGGUUACGGGCCGUUACGGUCGGGUCAUGUUGGUUUUGUUGAUUUCAAAUCAAAUAUUGACCUUAUCCAGCAGGUUUUACAUAAAGUUUCGGGUCAUUUCGAGUUAUCAGCGUUCUCAGAAACAUGCUUCAUAAUUUUACUUUUUUUGUUGAAACAAGCUUCAUAUUUUUUGAAGAACACAAAUGGUCACAUAUGUAUGACAAUAGUUUACCUAGCACAUGUCAAUUAACAAAUGCUCAAAUCCUUCCAUGCUAAUGAAAAGAAAUACCCGAU